CACUCCAUCCAGAGAGAGCGAGAGACCCGGACACUUUGGCAACAGCUCACCUUUGUUUCCGAGAGCUGCUGCCGAAGAGCCCAAAUCCCUGGUGAAGGGCAAGCGCCUGGCUGGGGAACCAUGUCCAACAACAUGGCCAAGAUCGCCGAGGCCCGCAAGACGGUGGAGCAGCUCAAGCUGGAGGUGAACAUCGACCGCAUGAAGGUGUCGAAGGCUGCGGCGGAUUUGCUGGCCUACUGCGAGGCGCACGCCAAAGAGGACCCGCUGGUGACCCCGGUGCCCUCCUCGGAGAACCCCUUCCGCGAAAAGCGGCUCUUCUGCAUCGUGCUGUGAGCCCUGCGGCCAGCGACUCAGCGCACCCCCCCUUCCCUCCCCCCGGGCUACGGCUCCAGAGCGG